AUGGCCAAUCACAAACUAAAGGGAACAUCAGGUGUGUGCAUGCUAUUUGCCCUUUUUAUCUCAAGGUGCAAAGGAGGCUGGGAUGCUUUUAGUGGAGAGGAAGGUAAAGAAGCUGGAUUGCUGAGAGACAGUGGCGAAGUGUCAGAUAGUAUGUGUGGUUUAGAUCAUUCUUCCUUUGAUCUACUUACGAAUAAUAACAGUUCAGCUUGGAGCACGUGUUGUCAUGGCAGAAUAACUGGAAUAGAAGGCCAAAGUGGGCAGCCUGAGGAGUGUAUAGUAGAUUCUAGUAUGGAAGAAAGUGUUUUAAAUGCGAUAGGUAACAAUCCCGGCACAUCGAGAGACGAGAGCAUGCUAGAAUGCGGAAUGGAAGACUUAGAUUUUUCCUUCAUUGAUCUAAUUAUGAACGAUGGCUCGUCGUGGAAUGGUGACUAUGCAGACAUAAUAGAUGAUGUAUUCGAUCAGACUGGCCAACUCGAACAGAACAUGGUAGAAAAUAAUAUAGACAUGGGAAUUUUUAGCACUGAGGCAGAUGGCAGUGCUGAGAAAGCAAAAAGUAUGCAUAAAAUAGCAAGUGUGAUAGAUGAUUCAGAUCUUGUUUUUGAUGAUCUAGAAGCAGAUAGCUCUAUCUGGAAUGCACUAGAGUCUUCUAUCUCAAUAGAUGAAAUUGAACAGCAAUGUAGCUAUCUUCAGCAGUCUGCAGGAAAGGCUAGUACAAGCAAGAAAUCUUCUAGCGGAGAAAGUAGCAGUGCUGAGCCAUUUGCACACAUCGAAAAAAGAGAUAAAAGUGAGCAGAAUAGCUUGAACACAUAUCCAAUUCUCUCUUCCAUACUAGGAGAUAAAAAAAAUGAAAAAGAAGGCUUGCUAAGGAAAGACUCCUAUGCUGAGUUUGUGCAUAGGGAGUCCUUAGAAAUAAUGAGAAAAAAAGAUGACUUGCUUCGGAAACAGCGAAUGCUAAGGUCUAGAAGGAUAGGCGAUGCAAUGGAGAAAAAAGGCCUUAACACUAAAUUCUGGGACAGCAGACUGACAGUUGUAAGGAGAAGAGCACGUGACAAGUUAAAUUACAAAACAGUAAGUGAGUUUAAGAGCUACAAAAUAGAUAUGAUCCGCAUGGUAAAAGCUGAGCCGUACCAAAAGCAUCUUGAAAAAGACAUUGAAUACUUCUCCGUCCAUCUUGCUCCAUUGGUAGAUCGAAAUGCACUGUGGUACUUUAUUGCAAGCAGAACCACCAGUCUGAAUUUAAGACACAAAGAGCUUUUUGGUCUGAUGGAGCUGUUUAGAGAGAGAAGUGACAAAAAAGACGGGAAGGAUAGAUACAUAAAAAAAGUGGAAAGCUUUAAAGGAUACUAUGCAGGAGUGUUUGAGGAUAUGCUAGAGUAUGUAAAAAAGCAUGGGCCGAUGAGAAUUAGCAGAGGCAACACUCCAACCGUCUGGAAGAAAACUCUGGGCGAUGUUUACAUGACAGAGCAUCUUCUUCCAAAGUGCAGCAUGUACGAAGAAAAGAGUGCGCUCAUCCACAUCAGCAAAAAGCACUCUGCGCUGGUUUAUGCUGUGCGCAUGAUUCUAAUACUGCCAGAAGUGUACCAAGACUUCUCUAUGAUUACCACUGAUCUUAUAGAGGAAACCCGCACUGCAGAAGAUGCAUACACAAACUCACAAAACAAAGAAGUUCUGUUGAAAAUACAUAAGCUAGUGCACACACACAUGGAAAAUAAAGCAGACAGCAGAGUGUAUACCGAGCUUUACGAUGCUCUCAGUAAGGUGUGUAAAGGAAAAGAACCAGUCGAGCCAAUGGCCACUAGUCUGUAUAAGGAAAUAUACGUUAUUCUUGCAAAAUUCUAUGAGAGUGUGGAGGUGGUUGACAAAAUAAAAAAGUAUGUUUUGGCAGGAAAGUGUGUAAUAACAAACCAGAAGUACGUAAGAUGCGAGGCAAUAGUAAACUUGGCGGCAGAUAGUUGUGUUAAAAAUACUCUGUAUACAACAUAUUCUGUGGAGGAAAAUAAAUGGGAUACUAUGCAUACUGUUCCACCACACUACCAUGUGUACUACAUAGACAACACAACGAAUAGCAUACAGCCACUGUGCAUGCCUAUGUAUCUAGACAAGAGCGGACAAGAGCAAUAUCUGCACACAGUUGAUGAGAUAGUAGAUUACAUAAAGAUUCUGUACAAAAUAGAAGAGUGUUCAGAUGCUAUACAUCCGUUUAAAGUAAGAAAAGGCACUAGAAAGUGGUCAUACGUCGAGAAGCAAGACAGAAGUAAAACAGUGAAAGGCUUUGCAGAAUAUGAAGUAGUGUUCUAUCGCAUUGAUGAAGAGCUAGAAGCACAAAAGUUUACGUUUGCAGAGUUUUGGCCUCUGAAUCCGCACGAUGCCGGCAGCAUUUGCGUACCACUAUUUCUCACUCCUCUGAUGCAGUCUGCAGUGGACCUAGGGCCUUUUACUGCGGAGGAAGAGUGUAUAGAGCUGGACUCCAUAGAGUUUGAAGACAAAGUGCCUGAUGUGUAUAUGUAUUCUGCCAAAUGGAAGGAAAAAGAGUACUCAGAUGUGCAUAAGUACUACAGCAACCUAUACAUACCCUCAGACGAAGAAAAAAAGAAAAAUAUUAACUGCUACACUAUGAACUGCCAGAUCGAAAGAACAGACAGCAGUUUCAUUAAGAUCGUGUGGUAUGCAAGAAUGUCUAGCAGUGCAGAUGAAUACACACACUGCGCACUUGACAGGGCCUUUAAAGAAGAAGAGAAUGCAGAAAAGUUUGAUGCUUUUGUUGCAGCACUAGAGUCAAAAGAACACAAUCAAGAUAGCAAUCUGCAGGCCUUCUGGCUGAAAAAGAGCCAUGCACCAUACAAUGAAGAAGAAGGUCAGAUAUACACAAUGUACGGAUGGCUUGUAGAUAGGAACAGCAAUGAAAAUGAAAGUAAGAAAAUGAGAAGCCUGGAAUGUCUUGAAUUGGAGAUUGGUAAAUUGGAAGAUAAGCUAAAGCAGGUAGUAAAGGAGCAGAAGAGCUUAGGAAGGUUUAACAAAAUAAAAGACACAGAAAGAGUGAAACAAAAAAAGAAACUAAUAAGCACGGCAAAGGGCAAACUUGCAAAAAAGAUAAAAACUCUGCAGAGAGAGCUGAUAUACGCAAAGCUGUCUAGGAAGCCCAAAGCACCGGUAGACUUUAUAGUGUUUAGAAAUGUAAACCACAGUAAGUCCAACUUGGGAGCGCACAAUGAGAUCCUUGACGUUUUAACGUCGCAUUUUACAGCCAAAGGCUGA